AAUUGAGACAGGCCCAAUAAACCCUGUAAAUUAUCCACGGCCUUAAUUAAAUUCCCAAUAAAAUUUCGAAAAUCUUCUUUUUGGGGCCCACUUCGUCUAGAAAGUUUGACUCCAUUGCUAAUCAGCGACGCCCACGUAUUGAUUCAUACGGUACUUAAAAUAUGCUUGCUUGCACCGUAUCAUUCACGCCUCCGUCCGGAUGGGAAAGUAUACAGGCUCUAUAUCCCCGUCGACCCGAUGCACUGAGCAUUGUUCCUUGCUUCAUUUGCACUUUGAGAAAUGGCUGCUAGGUUCUUCAGGAGACUGGCUAAGUCCACACCAGUUGCAAUUGCCAACACGUUCGGGAGCCCCCAACCCAAGUUCUGUUUCAAUAGAUUCCGGGUUCCAUUCGGUGCGAUCGCCGCAAUUUCUGGAGGAAUCUCCUAUUAUUACUUCUUCGACGAACCACAUUUGGUUCAUCUUGAUCAAGUCAAGGAAGAUACAGUUCCUAAAGUUGCUCUCAAUCCAGAUAAAUGGAUUGAAUUUAAGCUGCAAGACACUGCAAGAGUUAGCCAUAAUGCUCAAUUGUUCAGGUGAGCUCUUUGGAUAAAUAAUUCUAAUUGUAGUUUGA